GCACACGACUCUCAACUCAAAACUUUCUCUUUAUAACCCCAAACCCUUCGGCUUAUCUCUUCCCUUUCAACUUUAAAGUCUUAUUAAAGUUUUCUCUCUCUCCAUCUCUUUUGAUUACUCACCUUUUGUUUUCUCUUUACGUUUAUCUUUAAGCAAAGUUUCAUGGCCAUUUUUGCAGGAUUGUAACUAAACAAAGACAUACAAAAACAAAGUAAAGUUGAGGGAGAGAGAAAGUGGGUUAUCUUUUUUUUUUUUUCUUCUUUGGGAAUAGCAAAACAAUUUAUUCUGUUUCCGACAGAAAUUAGCAUCAGGGGUAUAUAAAGAUCACUGUUCUUUUUGCAGUAAAUUUUCAGAGGUGUUUGUUAAUGUUUGCAGUUCUAUCAUGUGGGUUGUUGUAUGCGCAUAAUUAUGAUGAGUACAUGAAUUGAUUCUUGUUCUCGUUAAGCAACAAUUACAGAAAUACUAACACAAAAGACGAGAAAACCCAGUUUUUAUGCAUUUGUUUUUACUUCAAACAUGGAGGCUACAGAGAUUUAGGACGCAUUUCAGCUUCCCAAGAGUGUCUGCCGUCAGUUUUUUUUUUUUUUUUUCAUUUCUUUUUUUCUGGGUUUGUGUGUAACAUAGACUCCUAUAGACGCGGUCACAGUAAAGCCUUUGUGAGAUUUUGAGCCUCAAAAGUUUGAUAAUCACGGCGGUCUCUGCCUUAUUUUAAUCUCUUGAUUCAGGUGAGUUGAUGUAAAAUUUGUUUACAACUGCAUCAGUUAUUCUCUUUUCUUCAUUUCCAAAACUGAAUUUAAUUUACAUCUAUCUUUCUUUCUUGUCUGUGCGGAAAAAUCUUAGUAAUGUUGAGAAAGAGAUCAAGAGCAGCGACCAGCAAGCAAAGUUUAAUGGCGGAUCAUCACAGUUUUCAACCAUCAUCAAACUCCCAAAACAACAAAAGACCUAUCUCUUUCUUAUUUUCUCCACGAUUCCGAGCUUUUACAACAAAGGGUCUCGCUGAAACUGAGGUUGUGAUAAGUCCAACUUCAAUCCUCGAAACAAAACCAUUCUCUCCUUUCGGAAAUCUCUUCUCCGAUGACAUAUUAAAGACCCCAAAACUUCUCGCUGAUCAGAACAAAUAUUAUUCCAGGGAAAGUUUAGACUCUAAACCCAUUGGUUUAGGUCUUAUUGACGUAUUAACUGACAGUAAAACCAUUGAAGAGAAUCCUUCUUCCAAGCCAAAUUACAAAAAAGUUUUCUUUGGAAACAAAAUCAGAGUUCAAGUUCCUCCAUUGCCUGUUUCUAAUCUUUCUCCGUCUCCGUCUCCGUCUACGAAAUCUCCAACUGAGUUUGGGAUUAAGUCUCCAGCCAAGAAUUCUACUGUUAAAACGAACGAUAGUUCUCCAGGAGUUGUCACAGGGUGUAUUUCUGUGACAGAAAUGGAACUUUCUGAAGAUUAUACGUGCGUGAUAUCUCGUGGAGCAAAUCCGAAAACCACUCACAUAUUUGACAACUGCAUUAUUGAGAGCUACUGUUCUUCAUCCGAAAAACCCAACUCCCCACUGGGGAAUAAAAAUAAUAAUAUUAAUAUUAAUAAUAACUUCCUCAGCUUUUGCCAUACUUGCAAGAAGAAUCUUGAACAGAAAAACGACAUUUACAUCUACAGGGGUGAAAAAGCUUUUUGCAGUCAAGAAUGCCGCUACCAAGAAAUAUUGCUCGAUGAAUUGGAGAAUUAACCAAAAAAAUUUCCAUGAAUCUGAUUGUAGAGGGACA